AUGGGAGAUUUUAAUUGUGUGUUACGGAAUGAUAAAAAGAAAGGGGGUUGUGAACCAAGGACUUCAGCUAUAAAUGAAUUCAGUGAUUUGUUAGAUGACAACAACCUUUUUGAAGCUGAUUCUUUGGGUUCUAAAUACACUUGGGCUAAUGGUCAAUCAGGUGUUCAUAGAAUUCUUUGCAAGCUGUAUCUAUCUAUAAUUAAUGAGGCUUGGCUUACGAAGUUUGAGAAUUGGCGGUGUAAAGAUCUUCCUCGUGAAGUUUCUGAUUUCAUGCGCAUGAGAUUAAAGGCUGACAUGAAGGAGUGGAAUUUACGUGUCUUUGGUAAUAUUAAUGCUAGACUCAAACAUGCUAAAUUAACUAUGGAAGUUGCUCUUCGUAUUUCUGAUGAAGAUCCGAAAGACAUAACUAAGCUGAAUUUUGCCAAGGAUGCCUCGGUUACUCUUCAGGAAAUUUGUAUGCGUCAAUCCAUUAUGUUGAAGAAAAAAUCAAGAAAUAAAUGGCUUACGGAGGGUGCAAGUAAUACUUCUUUUUUUCAUGCCAAUAUUCGAACUCGCAGGAGCAGCAAUAUGAUUUCGGAAUUGGUAGAUGAUGAUGGGAAUGCUCUCUCUGAUUGUGACCAAAUUAGGGACUACACGGUGUCUUAUUUUGAGUCUAAGUUUAUUGGGGAAGAGCUGCCAAUUGAUGAACAAUUAUUUCAUUAUGAGAAUGACAUUAUUUAUACUGAGGAAAGUCAUAGAAUGGAUGUGAUUCCUACUUGUGAUGAAAUAAAGGCCGUUGUUUAUGAUCUCGGUGUUGAUAGUGCUCCAGGACCGGAUGGUUUCUCUGGUUGCUUUUAUAGGCAUUGUUGGGAUGUGAUACAACAAGACCUACACAGUGCUAUUACUUAUUGCUGGCAACAUAAAAUGAUUCCAAAUGGGGUAAAUUCUAGUCUUCUGAUUUUAUUGGCCAAGGGAAGAAAUAUCCAUGAGAACAUCAGUGUGGCAUCAGAGAUGGUGAAUGAUCUGAAAACUAAGUGUAAAGAUGGCAAUGUGGGUCUAAAGAUGGAUAUUACUCAAGCUUUUGACACGGUUAGCUGGUCUUUUGUCUUAGAUGUGUUUAGAAGGUAUGGUUUUUCACAACACUGGUGUUCUUGGAUUUAUUCGGUGCUUAGCUCGGCUCGUAUUUCUAUUCUUCUCAAUGGUAGUCCAGAAGGUUUCUUCAAGAUUAAUAGAGGCUUGCGGCAAGGUGAUCCUUUGUCUCCUCUUAUUUUCGUGUUGAUUGAAGAUGUUCUCAGUAGAAAUCUUACCAAACUCUUUAUUGAAAAGAAAACGACUCCAAUGCUUUCGGAAAAAGGUAUUUCUCCUACACAUCUCUUUUUUGCUGAUGACAUAAUGAUAUUUUGCAAAGGUAACAUGAAGAGUUUGCAUAAUCUUCUUGCAUUGCUUGGUAAAUAUCAAACGGCCUCGGGUCAAACAGUUUGUCAUCAAAAGAGUAAGGUUUAUUACGGUGGUGGAACCUUGAGUCGUUGUAGAACUAUCAAAGAUUUACUUGGCAUGGAGGUCUCUACUUUUCCUGAAAAGUAUUUGGAUGUUCAAAUUAUGCGUGGUGCUGUGAAAUAUCAUCACGUUAGCAAUGUGGUUGAUAAGAUUAAAAAACAACUUUCUGUUUGGAAAGGAAAAAUGCUUUCUUUUCAAGAUCGUGUUGUUCUUAUUAAUUCUGUGAUUGCUAGUUAUGACAUUCACAACACGGUUGUUUAUAAAUGGCCUAUGAAGUUCAUUCAACAAGAGGAAAGAGCCAUUCACAAUUUUCUUUGGUAUGGAGACUCUGAGGUUGCGAGAAAGUCUGUGGUGGGUUAUGGCAAAGUUUGUAGCGUUGUGCAGAAAGAGAUCCUUGGAGAGAAUGACCCGGACAGUAAUGUCAUGGUUAGUGCGUUUCUUAAUAAUAAUGCUUGGAAGUUGCAGGGAAUUCAUGCUCAGAAUUUACUUCGCACUGGAGUGGACUUGAACAACUUGCCAAUGCCACAAGGAGGGGAUGAUAUUAGGGUAUGGAUGCCGAAUAUGAGAGGUAACUUCACUAUUAGUUCAACAAAGCAACUCAUUAGGAAAAAGUACGCAAUUCUGGAAGUGUAUGGACUAUUGUGGAGGAAGGUUAUACAUCCAAAUUUAGCAGCUCAAAACUGGAAGUUAACAAGGGAAGCGUGUGCGAAUUCUGACAAAAUCAAGAGCAUAUUUAAAAUUAAUCUUGCUAAUAAGUGCUACCUUUGCAAAGCUGAUGAGGAAUCCUUUGAACAUAUUUUGUGGAUCUGUUCUUUUGCUAAACAAGUUUGGGAGUGGAUUUCAGGUAUUUUUUCUUUGCGCGCUCAUUAUGAUCUGCUUACUUCUUAUAAAACAUCCAAGGGGAGGAGUCGCAUUGUAAAUGACUUAUGGCUGUUGGAAAAUAUGGUUACUCAUGAUGAAAUACGGCAUGCCAGAAAUCAAGCUUACUUUCAAAACAUGUCAGACAAUCUACACUUCUUCAAACAACGGGUUUUUCAUCUUAUCCAUGACUAUUCAGUCCGUGUUAAGAGUUUUAUGCACAACUCUCCUUCGGACCUGAAUAUUUUGAACUUUUUUAGAGUGGGACAUAGGCAGGUAAAGUGUACGCAACCUGUUGAAUGCUUUUGGUCUCCCCCAAAUAGAGAUGAAUUGUUAUUAUGUUGUGACGGUGCUGCCAAGGGUAACCCGGGUACUGCAGGAGCUGGAGUAGUAUUUAGAGAUGUAGAUUGUAACUUUAUUGGGGCUAUGAGCACUGGACUUGGUAGAACAAAUAACUUCCUUGCUGAAAUUUAUGCUAUCAUUGUUGGCUUGGAGUGGGCUCUUAAGUGGACUGUUAGAAAAGUGUGGAAAAUGUGGAGAAAUAUUCAAAACAGCUACGAUUCUAUUCGUUUUGUUCGUACAUAUCGUGAAGCUAAUUUUGCUGCUGAUGCAAUGGCCAAAAGAGGAUGUUUGCUAAGGAAUGGACCUCUUUUCUUGUGUAGAGUUGUUUCUGAUAAGGUUACGCCUAAUCCUAAUGAUAUGAUAGAUUUUAUUAAGAAAGACAGUCCCCAAUAUCUGCGGAAAAAUUUGGGUAGUGCUGUAAAUUUGAAGUCUCCCUCUGUGUGUGAUAUAUCUCAUCUAGGCUGUGUUCAUGAUAAUUGCAACAACCUGCAGGAUGUCGCUUAUAUAUAUUUCGAUGAUGCUUUUCAAAGCAAAUCUAAAAAAUUCGCUUAUGGUAUUAUGGAAGUAAAUAAUGAAGGUUUAAUUGUUGACUUCGCAAGAGGGACAGGUUGGUGUUCAAGUGCUGAGGAGGCAGAAUCCAGAGCCUGUCGAGAAGCUAUAAGAUGGGGACAAGGCAGCAGAAGGGAAAGACUAAUCUUCCUCAAUGAUAAUCAAAAUGUGAUAAGUAUCCUAAAGAAGAACAAUUUUGUUGUUAACUGGAGUUCAAAGGCGUUUCUGCUACAAGCUUUAGAUCUCAAGAAAUUUCUUGCUAGUUCUUCUUUCAAAACUGCAAAGACGAAGAUUGAUGUUGGAAAUGGUACACUCACUAUGGAUUUUGAUAAGGAGAUUAUUCGCUUUAACAUAUUUGAAGUCAUGCGCUAUCCUAAUGAUGUUCACUCCGCUUUCUCUAUCGAUGUUACUGGUUCGUUGGCACGAGAAAUGUUUGAUUUGAGUAACGAAUAUGAACUUGGAGUUGUGUUACGUAAUAACAUGUAUUUGGACGCACCUAAGCUAGAAUUGAAGCCUCUUCCAUAUCACUUAAAGUACUCAUACUUGGGUGAUAAAGAAGAGCUUCCCUUGAUCGUUUCAAAGAAUCUCACUGUCGUACAAGAAGAGCGUCUAUUUCGGGCUUUGAAGGAGCACAAAACGACCAUUGGUUAG